GAGCCUAUGUGUACAUUGUCGCGGUCCGGAGAGCUCGGUGCAAUCUCAGUCUUGGGCGAAUGCGGCACGAGCCGUACACGUCGCCCGCGACUGAAAUAGUUUACCUGCCACUCUUGCAACACAAUAUUCUUAAUAAGAUCUUGUUUGUCAUGAGAAAUCGUACAAUAAAAAUAUAUUGGUAUUAAACAUGAUACCAAAGUUUGUGUAGAAUUUUAAGCUUAUCACAGAAAAAGUGAUAACAUUUCAGGACCUAUAGAUGCUAUGUCAACAGCUGCAGUGACUACGUGAAAACUGUAGGAUUAUCGAUUGAUUAAAAUUUAAAGAGCCGAAAUUAGUUUAAUGAGCUGGUAACCUUUAUUUAUAUAAUAAAACUAUUGAACAUUUAAAGAUUGUUUAACGGAUGAAUACAAUUUUAAUCAUUCGGUAGGGCGCUAACGGAUCGUUAAACGUUUAGCGAACGUUCAUGCAUCCCGGUAUUUGCAUUUAUUUAUAAUUAUCACAUCUUUAUGGUGCUUAAAGGUCUGUUUUUUUUUUUUAAUUAACCGUUUUUUAUACGUUAUUUAACGAAGUGUUUAUGUAGUGGUAUCCAUAAUUUAGAAAGUCUAUGUUUGGAAAAUUUAUUAUUUAAUAAUAUUGUGAUAAAGUGAUAUCAGUAAAUUAUAAUAACGCGUAAAUAUUAUAUUAAACAUAACAAUUAUAAUAUUCUUAAAUGUUUGUGACUUAAAAACGUUAUCUCACAGUCAUCUGUCACUUCACCAGUCAAAAUUAAAUUAUAAGAACAAUAAAUUAGCUACGUUGAAUGGUUGUUGUGAUGUAAAUAAAUAAAUGGCCUAUAAUAGUAUUGAUCUUAUAAUAUGAACGUACAAGGACUUGGAUGGCACCAUGUCUUUUCCUAACUCACCAGGAUAUCAAAGUACAUAGCAGUAUCAAGGUUUACUUAAAGUGUACCGAAAUAUCAAUACCAGUGGCGUAGCUAGAUACUUUUUCUUGGGUAGUGUAAUGAGUUAAAAGUUAUACCAUUGCAGAGCAUUUAUGGGGGUCUAGUAAAACAUCAAGAAUUACAAUGAGACAGGAAACGCCUCCGAUGGAAUCCGAUUUGCCUUUUGAUUUCAACUCAAUCAAAGAAGAAGAAUUUGACAAGUUUGUCGAUUUUGUUGUAUUGGAUAAACCUGCAGAUCCAAAUAAUUCAAAUCGAGCAGAGAGUUCAUUACCCAGAAAUCUCAAAUUGAAAAAAACUGGAAAAAAAAUUGCUGGCGUUAAAAGUGCCAUAUACAUUCCAUCAGGCACAAGAUAUGGUCCAUUAGUAGGUGAAGUGUGCGUCACAGAGCACGCACCAAACGGAAAACGGAAAUACUUCUGGAGGAUUUAUAAAGAGAACAAACCGUUCUAUUACAUAAAUACCUACGAUGAAACGAAAUCCAACUGGAUGCGGUAUGUAAGUGCCCCAUAUUCACCACAGUCACAGAAUCUGAUCGCUUGUCAAUGCGGAACUGAUAUAUUUUUUUAUACAAUCCGACCAAUUUUUCCAAAUGAAGAACUUCUUGUUUGGUAUUGUCGUGAAUUUGCGGAAAGGCUAAACUAUCCAUCAAAUGUUGAACAGAUGAUACAAGGAAUGCAAGGAAAAACACAAACUUUUACGUUUCCUACAUUACCCAUGCUAGCCGAUGGUGCAGAUACGAUGUCAUCAUCAUCAACUUCUUUAACACCUCCACCAUUGCCUUCAGAUAGUGGCGACUUUACACUUAAAUCUGGUAAUCGGUUUUACUGGCAGGACGAUGAUGUACGUAACGAGUUUGAUAAAGCAAUGACUAAUAAUGUGACGUCAAUGCGUCGUGUAGUAAUUAGUUCAAUCAAAGAAUACAUAGACAAUGGAAAUACUGACUUUUUGCAGUUAGAUGAGUUACGAAUGAGACCCGUAGACGACGAAGAAAAAGCUCAAGGGUACGCUCAAUCUCAUUUAGUACGAUCUGACGAAGGAUAUCACAGCCACACACACCACAACGAUGCACCUACACCACCCGAACAUUUAUCCGAUUUUGACGAUAGUUCUAACUGCAUUUUGGAUUACAGUAAAAAAUCGAAAUUGCCAAAACCUGACAAAGAAGCAAUUGAAAUGGAAACUAACGAGUUUCUCAACGUGAAAAUUAAAUUACACAAAGCAUCCCAGUACAAAAAAGAUUCAGACCAAUCACAAAAAGAGCAAACGCCACCUCUGGUCGUAGUGUCGGCUGCCGAGUCAGUGAUUGUCGUCCGUUCCCAGUCACCCAAAAGAUACGCUGAACCAUCAUCGCCCAGUGCACUGUGCAAUGAUACAAUCGAAUCGCUUCCGAAAAAAAUUAAGCUCGAUGCACCCGUUGCGUCGCCCCCGCCAUCGGUAAUCUAUCAAUACCCCGGAGAUCAUAAAUCACUGUUGAAGAAACUUUUGCUGCAAAACAAAGAUUCGAGACCCUCGGCAGUACCAGCACUGAUUUCUCCGUCGAUUACUGCUCCGCCACAAAUGCCGGUUGUCGACCCAACUUAUAUACAACGUGGCUACAUCAACGCGUCAGUCAGUCCAGAUUCGUUUACUAAAAUACUGUCGCCCUUACACCAAAUCCACCGUAGCCCAUCGCCACCUGCAAUACUGGUCUGCCCUACUCCCCCUGGUCAACAGAUGCAAUAUAUGCCGUACCACCACCAACCGCAUUUAUUCCCACCGCAGAACGGUGCAGAUGGCUAUCAGUGCCACUCUUCUGGCAAUCAUCCGGUGGAAUCCAGCGCCAACAGUCCGCCGGUGGGCUCCAUCUCACCGGACGGCGUGUCGUCGUGCGAAAAUCCUGGAAUCACUAGUAACUUGCGUGGGUACAGAUCUCUGCCCUAUCCGAUCAGCAAGAAAAACGGAAAACUGCAAUACGAGUGCAACGUAUGUCACAAGACGUGUGGUCAACUGUACAACCUGAAAGCACACUUGAGAACGCACUCCCGCGAAAAACCAUUCAAAUGCAAGACAUGUGGAAAGAGUUUUACACAAAUGGCUCAUCUGGAAAAACACAACUACGUACAUAACGGAGUACGUCUGCACGAAUGUGAUGUGUGUCAAAAACGGUUUAAUUGCAAUUCUAACCUUAAAACACACUCGAGGGUACAUACCGGUGAAAAACCGUUCGUUUGCGAGAUAUGCUCGUCAAGGUUCACUCAACUAGUGCAUUUAAAAUGUCACAGACACAUCCAUACCAAUGAGCGACCGUACGCCUGUCACUCUUGCCAAAAAUCGUACGUUAGCUCCAGCGGGUUGAAAAGCCACUGGAGGACCAAGACCACUGUCUGUAGGCCGCCAUACACGGUUGGCAAGGACGAUGCUGCUGAACAACAGAUUUCUAGUCCUGAUUACCAGGCGUAUCAUCAAAAUAAUUACUCAAACGGUAUAAUGGAACAUGCCGACGACACAAAUCAAAAUAUCUAUGAUGGACCGCACGUUAGUGACAAACAUAAUGAUGAUGACGACAUGUAUCUGCAACCACAUCAUCAAUAGGUAAUGACGCUCGUCCAACCGGAAGAGAUUCAACGACCAUCGGUUAUCGAACAGAGGCACUUAAUCAAGUGCACAUAAGGAGACGUGAUUGCAUUCUAAGGCUAUGGAUAUUAACUGUGUAUCAUAAUUUCAAUGGCCGUAACAAGUGAAUUCGACAACCAUUACCAUUUGUGGCCCCUCCCCCUCCUACAAACGUAAAGGCUAAUUAUUAAAGAAGUAUUUUUUCUGGCGAAAAUCUAUAAGCUCAAAGAAGCCAAAUAUUUAUUUAAAUGAAAGUUUGUCAAAUAAAAGAGGAAUUCUUUUCUCAGAGCAGAUAAAGAAAACUGCAUUUGACAAUUUUUUUUUGUUUUUAGUGGUCAAUUUAUAGACAAAAAAAUGUACUGAUUGUUAAUUUUGUAUAGUUUUGUGCUUCUAAAACAGAUAUAGGUAAUUUAAAUGUUCCUAAUGUUGUUUCGAGUUUUUUAUUUAUGAAGAUUGUAAAAUGUAAAAAUAUAAAUACAUAUAAUAUAUCUACAUAAAUUAUAUACCUACUAUAAAAUAAUUAAUUAAAUUUAUAUUAUUGUAUUGUUAUUGUAUGAUAUGAAUGAUGUUUUAUCUUGAUGUUGAUCUCAGUUAUGUUUUGUAGAUAACGAUUGUGUUGAAUAUAGUGAAGGAA